UCCUGUGAGGUAUACUCUUUCCCACCAAGUCCCACCACCACCGGAUGCUUUAAUAAAUCAAAUGGAGCCAGAAUGAUCGACAUAUAAAACCCUCUCUCUCACACACACCAUACCAAAAUACACGCACUACUGUCAUUGAAAACGAUUCUCAGUGUCAUUCGUAGUAUUCAUGAGUUGUCACCAUCAUCAAUCAAACAAAACCCAUCAUUUUUUCUAAGGUUUUUGUGCUUAGAAAUUGUUAAAAUUCACCCUUCUCUGGUCAGAUUUUUUCAGAGAACAUGACGGUGCCGGAAGGUCAACAACAAAGGCACCGUCCUCGCGGUGGAGCCGCCGUUACUCCGGUGGAAACUCCAACUAGAGUUCCACUCCGAGUACUUCUCCGUGUGGCAUCUGUAGCGUGUGGUAUACAAUUUGGGUGGGCCUUACAGCUCUCUCUAUUAACUCCAUACGUACAAGAACUCGGAAUCCCUCACGCCUGGUCAAGCAUCAUAUGGCUUUGUGGCCCUUUAUCUGGCUUCUUCGUUCAGCCCCUCGCCGGCCACAUGAGCGAUCGUUCUACAAGCAAGUACGGUCGCCGCCGACCGUUUAUUGUCAUCGGAUGCGCUUCCAUCAUCGUGUCUGUACUCUUGAUCGGUUUCGCAGCGGAUAUUGGGGGAUUGCUUGGAGAUGGUGAGAAGAAAACGAGAGCAAUCGUUGUUUUCGUGAUAGGGUUUUGGUUUCUUGAUAUGGCCAACAAUGCAACUCAAGGUCCCUGUAGAGCUCUGCUCGCUGAUCUCACUGGGAACGACCACCGAAGAACUCGAGUUGCAAAUGCAUACUUCUCCCUAUUUAUGGCUAUUGGUAAUGUUCUCGGCUAUGCAACCGGAGCUUACAGUGGCUGGUUCAAAGUUCUUCCUUUUACCCUCAACUCUUCAUGUGACAUCAAUUGUGCCAACCUCAAAUCUGCGUUCCUUAUUGACGUUAUUUUCAUCAUCUGCACUACGUACAUAAGCGUCACUGCAAUUCACGAGCAACCUAUAAGUUCUAUUCAUGACGUUAAUUCUGAAGCUUCGAGUCACCCCCAAGAAGCUUUUUUCUGGGAAAUGUUUGGGACGUUUAAGUACCUUCCAAAUCCCGUAUGGUUGAUCCUUUUCGUUACUUCUUUAACUUGGAUCGGCUGGUUUCCCUUUAUUCUCUUUGAUACUGAUUGGAUGGGUCGGGAAAUUUAUGGUGGUGAUCCCACUGGUGACCAGAAGUAUAGUGAUGGAGUUAGAAUGGGGUCAUUUGGUCUAAUGAUGAACUCGGUGAUUCUUGGAAUAACUUCGGUGCUUAUGGAAAGUCUCUGUCGGCGAUGGGGGUCGGGUUUCAUAUGGGGGAUCUCGAACAUUAUUAUGUUUUUAUGUUUUCUAGCGAUGCUCGUGCUUUCGUUUGUGGCAAGCAAAGCAGACUACGGCAGUGAUGGUGUACCUCCAAAUGGAAUUGUGAUUGCUGCGCUGGUUAUUUUUGCAAUUCUUGGCAUGCCGUUAGCUGUUACAUAUAGUGUUCCGUACGCAUUGGUAUCCUCGCGUAUUGAGUCACUAGGACUCGGCCAAGGGUUGUCAAUGGGUGUUCUAAACGUGUCCAUUGUGAUCCCACAGGUUUUGGUCUCUCUUGGAAGUGGACCAUGGGACCAGUUAUUUGGUGGGGGCAACUCUCCAGCCUUUGCUAUAGCAGCAGUUGCAUCCUUCGCAAGUGGACUCGUAGCUAUCUUGGCUAUACCACGAUCGAGGCCUUCUGAUAAAUCCAAAAUCCGACAUUGAACAAGAGGUAUUAUCAACCGUGUUAUUUUUUGAUCAACCCGAGUGAGUUAUGUAUGUUUUUCUUCUUGUUAUUGUUAUUGUUGUUGUAUUAUCUUUUUAUAUCAAGUCAACUGCAAACAAAUCGUCCGAAUUUUGUAUAUAACGACUUGUUACUUACAAUAAUAUCUAUCAAUACUUUUUUUU